UCUUUUUCACUGGCUUUGUGCAGGCCUGCCCUCCUCGGCUGUGUCGAAUGUGCGGGCUGUGAACUGCGGGUUACCCCACCCCCUCUCCUCUUCUCAUUGUUGGUGGAAGGAGCAGGACAGAGGCAGUGUUGGAGAAGAAGAUGCACAAAUUGCACUUCAGCGGGGAGCCUGUGCCUGACUUUGUGUCCACCGACAUCCAGACACUUAAUAAACUCUCCAACCAGCAAUUCUCAGCAUUGACAGAGAUAAUCUUCCGCUUUAUUACAGAACCCACAGAGUCAGAACGAUUGUUAAGCCAGCUCGGUGAGUUUGCCUCACAGAAUGGAAUGAGCCCAGGCCCAUUGAAAAACAUUGUGAAAAGUGUCCUGUUGAUUCCUAAUGGUGCCUUGAAGAGGAAUUUGACAGCUGACCAUGUCAAAACUGAUUUCAUUACUCUGGGACUAAGUGAGGAGAAGGCUGGAUGCUUUGCAGAUCAGUGGAAAUUGAAUUCUGCAGUGCUGUCAAGACUGGCAGUAGGACAAACAUUGACUGUCAAUCAGUUAGUCGAUAUGGAGUGGAAAUUUGGAGUAACGGCAGGGAGCAGUGAGUUACAAAAGGUUGGCAGCAUAUUUUUACAGUUAAAAUUAGUUAUAAAGAAGGGGAACAAAAGUGAAAAUGUUUACAUGGAGUUGACGUUGCCACAGUUCUAUAAUUUCUUGCAUGAAAUGGAACAAGCCAAGUCUAGCCUUGAAUGUUUCAGUUAAAUUGCUGCACCAUUAUUCAGCAAAUUGUUUAAAGAAACGUCAUUUCUAUGUGUCCGGAAAGUGCACUUAUACAUUAAAGUAAAACAAACUUUAUUAUUCACUAUCUGUUCAAACUUUUAGAUGUUGUCCAGGGAAACUUCUGUUGUUCCCAUCAGCUAUAUGUUAGCAUUGUUUAACCAUUAUGUAAAUAAAAUUAUGUUGCGUGUAGUACA